AUGGGUCCCAAAGGGCUCAAAUCCAGCCGGGACUCGCCGGUGACCGGGCCGCCGACMUGGGAGCCCGCGCUGGUGUCCGCCCGCCUCGAGGAGAAUAACUGGAAGCCCAGCAUUGCUUUUGUUGUGGGGACCAGGAYUGAGGAUGACAUCCACCUCCGGGCCCUGUCUCUUGCUGUGCAGGUGCCACUGCGAAAGCUCUUCACCUUGGUAACACGUGAAGACAUUUUCAGACAGGUCGAAGAAUUUGGGACUCAAAGAAGAAGGGCUAGGGAUAUGCCUAUGUACUAUGAGGUGCUGGAAGUAGCCAAGGCCUUUCUGGAAAAUGGUGAAGAAAUUCCUAUAACUCUAACUGGAAAGCUGUUGAAAUUUCAUUUGCUUUGUCUCAAACGGAAGGACAUUCAGAGAAGAGAAGAGGAAAAGAAGGCAGAAGAGCUGCAAAAAGAAAAAGAGAAAGAGAAAGAGAAAGAAAAAGCUAAACCUAUAAAAGAAACUAGAGGAAAAAAGACAGCAGUACCACCCUCUGCUAAAACGGGCACUAAAUUGAAACAGCGGGGAGAAGUGGAAGUGAAAGACAGAUACAUUGACGAUGAACCAGAUGAUGGUGCUGAUCAUUACUUUAUAAUUCUGGGUUUCCCCAGUCUUCAGCUGUUGCCUGUGUUGGUUGACCUUGGAAUUAAUAUUUCAAGUAUAAUUCAAAUUUCUUCUGAGAAUUACAUGCCAUUGCAGCUAUACAUGGAAGCAACUAAACCUAAAGGACGAUCAGUAGUUUCGCUUGAAGAUGCUGAAGCAGAGAGAAGAAGGAAAGAUGAAGCUAACAAAGACCUGGAAACAUUUUGGAAAUACCUGGAACCAGUUUUGAACAGUGGAAAGCAUGGAUCAGGUCUCUUCGAUAUUGCCAUGUUUCAUUACCUCGUUAAGGAAAGUGAUUUUCCCCCUAAUUGGUCAGACAAUGAAGUGCUUGAAUUUGGUUCAGUGUUGUUUGAAUACGUUGCUUGUUUAAUGUAUGACUGCCUGGACUGGAGAAGACAGCAUUGCAACUACUUGGAAAACAGCAUGUUUAUUAAUGUGCCUUUGUUACCAGAGAGCAAAUCAACAGAACCASCUCCAACUGAGGAACCACCAAUGACACCUUCAAAGAAGAAAGGGAAACAAGAAGAAAUUCUGCCACCAGUAAUUUUGGCAGAGGCAGUUGAAGAAACUUGUGUUUUGCCUCCUUCUGUGGACAUGAGAUAUUACAAUGACUUGCUGAGUCACGUUCCUGAUGAGUACAUUUCUGUAUCCUUAAUGCUGUGCUGCAUGUUGGAACAGGUUAUUGCAACUGAAGAAGACCUUACACCACCGAGUCUGGUGGCAGCAGAGCCUCAGGGAGAUGAGCUACAUCGUGCCCUUGCAGAUCAUAUCAUCUCUGUCCUUCCUUCUCUUUCACUUCCUUGGAGUGAAAAACAGGAUCUGUAUGAGUAUUUUUCUCCUAAAUAUGGUGAACAAGAGACUGUAGCCCCCCAGUACCCUCUGAUAUUUAACUACCACGAUGCCCUGGCUCAGAGGCUGCACCUGCUGAAGGUCCAGGAAAACUUUAAUCCAGAAAAGAUAGAGCAUGAAAUGAUGGAUAAACUGCCUCUUAGAGAACUUAUCCAUUUCACCCCUCCUUCAACUGAAAAUAGCAUUAAACGYUUGGCCAGAGAUCACGAGCUCAUGCAUUAUUUUACUGAUGAACUUCUGAGUUGGGCUGAAGUAGUAAGAGCCUUCAGAGUGUUUACUUUUGAAAGCCUGAAGCUGACUGGGCUGAGUGACUCUGGUUUCCUGGAGAGCUCUGGAUCUCUUGUUGAAGGUGGUUCUGAAGAGUCUUGUAUCCCUUGGGAUAAGCCAGACAUGUUUGCAAGACAGCUGAGACAACUCUUUCUUAUGGAAAAGAAGUUUAGCAGGGACUCUUCAAGUGGCUCUGAGGACUCAGAAACAGAGGACGAAGAUGAAGGAGAUGAUCUUGAUGGUCCUCUUGUGAACAAAAAAUUGGAUCGUCUUUUUUCUGAAAUGGUGAGGCUGGAAAAUUAUGGCCUAGGAGAAAAUUUAGAAGAAAUAAAAAAGAUACAGAGACGUUGCUUGACAGAAUGGAGUAUGGAAGAGCAUUUUCAGCCACRUGUUCUUCUUCAGGUUCUUCAGACAGCAUCCCAAGAAUAUAGAUGUGUUGAUUCCUUUUAUCAUACCCAAAGUAACUCUUUGCUACUGGUUUUUCACAAUCCUAUGAACCAAUAUCGUCUGUGCCAAGAGACUUGGAAUGUUGCUCUGCACUCCAAUGUUGGAUUCAGGAAAUACCUUGAGGUGGUGGCCAGCACAAUUGAAGACUGGGUGAAAGAGGAAGAAGCUAAAUACCAAAAAGAGAUGAUGGGUGCCACAUCUGGACCUGAGAAUGAAACAGAAUCUCAACCCAAGGAGGAAGAAGGUCCCAUUAUCAGAGAAAAUUCUCUAAAGGCUUGGAAGUUGGAGCAGGACCGAUUACGAGAGGAGGAAGCAAAACAAAAGGAAGAACAAGAAACAGAAGAAAAUGUGAAAAGUAAAAAGAAAGGACAGGAGACAAAAGAUAAAGGAUUUAAAGAGCCCAGCAAAAAACCUUCUGAAGAGAAAUCUCCAAAUAAGCCAAUACAAGCCCCUGAACUUGAGGAAGAKCAGAGCACUCCAGAAUCAAGUUCUGAGAAAGUUUAUAAGUUUCAUGGCUACAAUACUGGGGACAARGUCAUUCAAGUAACAGGAACCAAUCAGUAUCUUUUCCCAUCUGAUGGAGGACAGAUUGAAGUAGAGAAGAUAGAGUUUGUAAAAGGUCCAACUUUGAUAAAGGUUAAAGUAACAAAAGACAACCACAAUUUCUUCAUUCACAUCACAGACCCCAUGAAAAACUUCAAAGAAGCUGAAGAGCAAGAAAUUAAUGAAGAGCAAGAAAUAAUUGAAGAGGGAGAAAUUAAUGAAGAGCAAGAAAUAAUUGAAGAGGGAGUAAUUAAUGAAGAGCAGCAAAUUACAUCAGAAGGAGAAUUGAAAAGUCAAAAGGAAGCUGUGAGCAAGUUUGGAUCUUUUUCAGCCACCUUGGAAAAUGGAAUCCAGCUGUCCCUGAGCUAUUAUGGACCUACAGGGGAGACAGCAGAUGAUGAAACAGGWCCUGAGUUAGCAAGAAUUCUGAAUAUCCCUUCUGUUCAUCUUCCAACUGUAAUUCCAACACCAGAAGUCCCAGUACAGAAGGUCCAACCUCCCCCKACACAAGCUCCAGGAAAAAAAGAUAGGAAAAAAUCAGGAAAAUUUCUGCCUUCUGCAAAAGCAAACCAGGGCAAAUUAGCUCCUUCAUCACUUGAUAAGCAAGAAGAAGAAAAGAAGGAAAUGGAAGAACCAGUUCCUGAAAUACAAGAGAUUUCAGAUGCUCCUGCUUUUCCAAGUUUGAAUGCCUCCUGUCCCAAUGGACUUGUAUUAACUUUCCUUGGUGAAAGCCUUGAAGGUUUUUCUGAGCCACUGCAAAAUUUGGAAGGUGAAGCCACUACCACUGAAGCAGAGAAUGAUGUGAUAGAGGAAAGUGAGGCCAAARCAGAUGAAGGAGAGGAGAAAGAGGUUAUGGAAAGUGGAGAGGAGGAACAGCAGGUUACAGAAGGUGAAAUAAGCYACGAAGACACCAAAAGUGAUCAUGUUGAAAAGCCUGCUCUGGAAAUUCUGGUGAGACAGAGUUAUCCCCAAAAGGUAAAGAACUCUCUUCUUUAUGCACCUUCAUCAAGGCAAACAGAACAAGAGGUGUCAAGAGUCAUCACUAGUCAAGGAACUGUCAUAAAGUACCUGCUGGAUGGAUCUACCCAGAUUCUGUUUGCUGAUGGCACAGUGAGUAGGAGUCCUGAUUCUGGUCCUGUCUUACCACCACCAAUUCCAGAAAACAUACCAGAAUCAGAGAUUUUAUCUGAGAUCAGCACUAAGAAAGGAAAACUCAGUGACAAAAGCAGUAUAUUAGCCAAGGAUGAGGAAUCUGAAAAUACUGUUCAGGAUGUGACCAACCCYAAGGCAGGAACCUGGAUAACAACAACUCCUUUAGGCAUUCAAGUGGGCACUGAGGGUGCAACAAGAAUGGAUCUGAAGCCACUUUUAAUGUAUCAGUCCACAAACCCAUCUGAUGAAGCGAUUAUGACUGUCCGAGAAGAUGAAGUGAUAAUUCUUGAAAAGCCAGGUCGUAGCAGAAUAGUGGAGCAUGCUGAUGGUACCAGGAUCACAACUCGUUAUGAAAAAUGUAAAUUCURUUCUGUACCAGAGGGUAGUGUGGAAUCAGUUGAGCCCUCAGAAGCCACCACAAGGAAGGUCAAAAGUACAAAAGUAGAGAAUCCUGAGUUUGCUACUGUUAUWACAAAUUGCGAGGAUGGUACCUGUUGUACCAUCUUUGGAGAUGGGACAUCUAUUCUAGCAAAGCCACAGGGAACCUAUCAGGUUUUACCCAGCAAAGGAGGCUUUCUUUUCAUUGAUGAAGAUUGCUCAGCAGUUUAUAGCCAUGAAGUUUUUGAUUCCACCAGCAAGGAAGAAGAGCAACAAGCAGGGAGAUACAUUAUGAAACACACUUCCAGCACUAUUUGUGAGAUGAUGGAUCCUGAAGGAAAUAUUUUCAUGGUGCUGGCUGAUGGCAGCACAGAUGUGUGUGUUCCCAGYGUUGGCUCUGAUGGCCUGGAGGACAGAAGUUCAGCAGCAGAUGAAGUUAAGAAACCUCUCACUUAUGAUGAGCAUGCCCCCAGGUUUUUCAUCAUCUCUGAGGAUGGUUCUGGAACSGAGCUCCUGAGGAGGAAGGAUGUACACAAAUAUUUAUCUGAGGCYUCCAGUGAUCCUGACACUGCAGUCUUGCAGGAGCCUGUACAACAGCCAGGUGUUUUAAGUAUUACUGUCCUCCGCCCUGUGGCUGAAGAGUCCCCCUGGCUAAUGAAGAAAGAACCAGAGAGUAUCAUUCCUCCAUAUCUUCAGUCAUGGACUCAGGAAGAAUCUUUUUGUCCUGAGGAGAAGAUCACAGCUCCCCCAGACAGAAARUAUGUUUGGAAGGGUCUCUGCAUUGGAUCAGCACCGUUGCCCUUGCCAGUCCCUGUGAGAAAAUGUCCCAAGAAGCUGCAAAUCCGACAGCUCUUCCAGUAUGAGCCACUCAGUGAUGAACGGAGAGAAAAGCUGCAGCUUUGCCUCAGGGAAUAUAUAGGCAACAUCUUUAAGCAUGAACAUGAGCUGGAAGAGAUGGAUGUGAAAGAACCAAGAACAGAAGAGGAGAAGAUGACUGCUGCAAGUCUCUUUGAGCAGUCUUUCCCUGACUGGGAGAAGUCAACUGAAAAGCUCAGUGAUUCAGCCCAUGUGAGUGAACUCUAUGAACAAGCCAUGGCUCCUCCAUCCCCACCUCACACAGAGAUGGCAAGAGAGGACCAAGAGCAGAGUUUAAGUCUAGAAGACGUAACAGAAGUGUCCAAGUGGCAAAGAAAACUAGAGCAGAACAGGAGAGAACUGGAUGAACAAAGGACGACCUUUACAGCAAUAAUACACAAAAUAUUUUCUCCAUAUUUUGAAUCUGAAUUCUACAAAGCAUUUUUGCAGGAAAAGUUUGCUAAUUUGGAAGCAAUGUCUAAGGAACUUCCUCCACUUAAAAGAGAAAGUGUGGCUUCUCUUUCAAAGACAAAAGAACCAAGUGGAGCUGAACUUGAUGAUAGCACAAGUGAUUCCUCACUUUCAUCUGGCCCUCCACCACAAGUGGAACAAGAUGAUGAUUCCAAACAAGAUGAUGGUUCCAAUUCCCUUCCAGACCUAAACAAGGCUGCAAUAGCAGAAGAGACACCUGUUCAACAUAAAGCUCCAAGUUUGAUGGUGGAUGUUACAGGACAGACAAGAAAAGAGAAAGUAAUAUUACCAUCAUCCCUUCAGGGGAGAAAACCACACACUGUACCAAAUAAAAAGGUAGAAGAUCCUGUCUCAGGAAAGGUCAGCACAGCUUCUCUUGCAGCAAGACAGGAUCUCACUGGAUUUCACAUCAUCCCACCCAGAGUGACAUUUGGAGUGCUGAAGGAAGGCUGCACCUAUAAAACCACUGUGAUCAUCAAGAAUGUUGGUGUGAACUUCUCMAGGUUUCGGGUGAGGCAGCCACCUCCGUACACAGGACUGACAGUGAUGUACACACCAGGACCUGUGGCAGCAGGGUUGCAGGUUGAGCUGGAGAUCCACAUUCUUGCCAUGGUAAUGGGAGAGAAUACUGGUGGUAUUGAAGAAGUUUCCCAUGAUAUUGAAAUAGUAACAGAAACAGAAACUCUUCUYCUGCCUGUGAAAGCAACUGUGCUAAGCAAGGACAUUUAUGAGCAUCGUCCCCCRGGAUAUCCCCAGGGAGGGAUGGCAGCAGCAGUGCAGCUCCUUCCUCCCAGCCCCAAACCACACUUAAGGAUCACACUGCCACGAAAGCCUUACAGCUAAUGUUAGAGCCCUAGAAGAAAAAUAUGAGGAUCAGCAACACCGAAAUACCUGAAUUUUAGUCCAACCUUAUGGAAACAUCCCAGUCUAAYUUUUUCAUUUAGUUAAUCAGAUUAAAUGUGGAUAAAUAUUUUGCCUGUUCCUUAUUAAUGGUCCAAAAGUUGCACACUCUCCUGACGUGGCUGUCUGAAAUGCAAACAGUGGAAAGAUUACUGUAUUUCAACCUUACUACAGAACAGUGCUAAAUAAUCCCCAGGAGGGGUUUUUAGAGGG